AUGAAGUUCAACUACAAGCUCUUCACGUUCUCUCUUUUGAACGCCAUCCGCCUCAUCAGCAUCGUGUCCCUCCUCUUGGUGUUCUCCUCCAGUAUCUUCGUGAUCACGACCGAUGUUCGCGCUGUCAACGCCUUCCUUUCCGGCCACUCCGACCAGGAUAUGCUCGACUGCGACUACAUAGAAGGCAGCGACGUUCCCAAUCAGGCCGCCGGCGUCUUCUGGGCGAUUGUCAACCACCUUCUCAUUAUUCUAGAGGUCAUCAUCCUGCUGUUGUCGGAAGUUGGCUGGCCGAUGAAGUACUUUGACCGUUACUUCCCCGUCUUGGGCACGGAGUUCGGUCUCGGCGCUUUGGGAAUCUUCCAGGCUCUUAUUGGCGCCAGCGUGCUUUCUCACCACUGUGAUGACUUCACGCUCGUGUCCGGCUUCUUCUUGUUCUGCAUCGGAUGCGCAAACAUGCUUUGCGGCCUCAUCUGGCGUCAACACGCGAAGGACCUCCGUAGCAUCACGUCCUGGCGCGAGGAGAAAAAGGGCCUCCCUUCACACUCGACUGGCGGCACCUUCCGCUCCUCGCUUUUCGGUGGCGCAGCCGCUCGCGCAGCAUCGCCCAACGAGUUUGGUGAGAAGGGUUACGGCUUUGGCCGCCCCGGUGAGAAGGCUGCGGGUCUCAAGGGCUUCAUCCUUACUCGCCCAGUUGAGUCUCUCCCACGAUAUGCAUCGCGGCCCACGAGCGAGACUCGCCCAUCCAUCCCCCGUGUUCCCAGCCCACGCGCUCCGAGCCCUCCACGGGCUCCUGCGUCACGACCGGACAGCAUGGGUAGCCUCUUUUCGAGCGGUACGGCAGAGCCUGAGGUCCAGCGGACGCCCGUAUUCAAGUCAAGCCCGACCGCUUUCUGA